UCUCAACUAAAAACACUAGCAAAUUAAAUAUGACAAGCUCAACAACAUCCACCCAUUUCCCCCUAGAGUUGCUUGAUAGCUUCCAUCCAAGAAAACUUCUUUACCACCCAGCUCAAGAACACAAGUUUUCCAUCAUUAACUACUUCCAUGCAAAUGGAUCCACUGUUCUCUUAGUCCUCAUUUGCGCCAUCGUUUCCUCUUGUGGGUUGCUUUGUAUGGCCAAGUGUUCAUUUAGAGGCCCAAGUUCUGUUGCUGCCGAAUCUGGUAACCGUUCAACCAAGUCAGCCAAUGUAGGAGUUAAGCAGAAAGCCUUAAAUGCCUUCCCUAUAGUAAAAUAUGCAAUUGAGUUGAGCCUAGACACCACUUGUGCCAUAUGCUUGUCCGAGUUUGCUGCUGGGGAGAUUCUGCGGAUCUUGCCAAGGUGCAAUCAUGGAUUUCAUAUUCUAUGUAUAGAUACAUGGCUUAGUUCACAUUCUUCAUGCCCUACAUGCCGGCACUGCCUGCUUGAAACGGACCAAAAGACCAAUAAUUGUAGCCAGGAAGUGCCUGUGUCGAUGCAGGAAACCAUGAACAUAGAAGUGAACUAGAAAUUGUGCAUUUUGGUGAAGUGGUUAUUAAUAAUACCAUCUUAAGAGGUUGAAAAGCAUAAGUAGUUAUCACUUAUCGGUUUACCAUUGAAACUGUCAACUAGUUUCUUCAAGAUUCAUGUACUGCAGGCGUGCGGCUUGUCGAAGAGUGAAGUAAAACAUGCACUGCAAUUUUUUUAUUAAAAAAUUAAUCGAGUAAAAUCCAGUGAUUGGAUCAAAAUAAA